UUAACGAAAAAAAAAACAAAAAACAAAAAGAGCUGGAAAGUAAACUCGUUCAUCAUCUCUUGAAGUUGCCGUUGAAGCUGAGUUUGGAAAAUUCAUCUGCACAGUUCCUCAAUCCCUAAAUUGCAAAUCGAUUUCGACAUCAUUUGAAAUGAUCCGGUUCAUUCUGUUGCAGAACAGGCAGGGGAAGACCCGUCUAGCCAAAUACUAUGUUCCUCUCGAGGAUUCCGAGAAACACAAGGUCGAAUACGAGGUUCAUCGCCUAGUGGUAAACAGAGACCCCAAAUAUACAAAUUUCGUUGAGUUUCGUACCCAUAAGAUAAUAUACAGGCGAUACGCUGGCUUGUUUUUCUCACUCUGUGUUGACAUCACUGAUAAUGAGUUGGCGUACUUAGAGUGCAUCCAUUUAUUUGUGGAAAUAUUGGAUCACUUCUUCAGCAAUGUGUGUGAACUUGAUUUGGUUUUCAACUUUCACAAGGUCUAUCUUAUACUUGAUGAAUUCAUUCUAGCGGGUGAACUACAAGAAACAAGCAAGAAGGCAAUCAUUGAGAGAAUGGGGGAAUUGGAAAAACUAGAGUGAAACAUUACAUAACGGCAGAGUCAGCGGUUUGGAGACUCUGAUAAUUUGUUCAUGCACUUGGCAUAAUUCUUGUAAUUCAAUUGUGAUACAGAAUUUUGAAAAUCUUUUACCUCAGUCAUGUAUUCAGUACCUUUCACCUAGGUUUCUCCCUUGGCUUGUGUUUAUAUAAUGAAGACAUUCGUAAGA